UAGUCUGCAUUGUAUAUAUAUGUUCCGACAUCGGUAACUCGGGGAAGUAGUUAGCUAGGCUUGUCUUUAGGGUUAGAAGGGACAGAGAGUAAUGUUAUAUUGUAGUGCGAAAUAGUUAAAGCUGUAACAGUAUUCAUUAUUUUCCCCACAGAGCUAUUUAUACAGUGUCCAUAUAUUCAUCUUUAAAGACUAAAAGCGCAUUUCUUCAAUUUUGGUGCAUUAAAUGGAGGAGAAGAAGGAAGACGGAGACUCGGAGAUACAGGAACACGGACCCGAACACUGGUUCUCAAAAUGGGAGCGGCAGUGUUUGGCCGAAGCGGAGCAGAGGGAGCCGAGCGAGGAGGAGGCCGACAACGACCAAGAAAAACUGUGGCAUCUCUUCCAGAACUCCGCCACUGCUGUGGCACAGUUAUACAAAGAUAGAGUGUGCCAUCAGCAGGGUCUGUCAUUGUGGGUGCCAUUUCAGAACGCUGCUACAGCAGUUACCAACCUCUACAAAGAAAGCGUGGAGGCCCAUCAGAGAAGCUUCGAUCGAGGCAUCCAAACAGGCCACCAACGGCGUAAUAAGGACAUGUUGGCUUGGGUGAAAAAGCGUCGGAGAACCAUCCGUAGGGAGGAUCUUAUUAGCUUCCUCUGCGGCAAAACGCCACCGCACCGGAGUAGUAGAGCUAACCCCCGACUGGCCAUGGUAGCUCCCAGCCGAGCUAAUUCACCAGCUGAGACUGGCUCAUCUGUGGAAGCAGACCUCCAGCCCUUUAGGGAGGCCAUAGCACUGCAUGGUCUAAGUGGAGCCAUGGCGAGUAUCAGUGUGCGCUCCGGUGCUCCAGGGUCUCCCACACAUGUGAGUGGGAGCAGCAGUAAUGGAAGUGGUGCUGGUGGGGGUGGUUCUUCUGGCUCAGGGCCGGUGUGCCGCAGCAGGCGUAACGGGCUCCAAGACGUCGACCUGAACACUUUCAUAUCAGAGGAGAUGGCACUGCAUCUGGACUCUACAGGCUCUGCCUCUGCUGGAGGAGGAGGAACCAGGAAACGAAACUCCACCCAGUGUAGUGAUGUCAUCACAGACUCCCCUACGCACAAACGCAACAGGAUGAUCUGAUCUGCUGUCUGCUUAUGUGUGUGAGGGAAUGCCUUCAGAGCAAAGGCUCCAGGAGAGGGGAUGGAUAGGCUUAUGUUGGACAGAUGUGCAGAUAGAUGAACGGAUGUUUGGGUGCCUGGCUGUGCAAAAGAAUCCAGGCUGAAAAUGAAAACAGACUGAAGGCUCUCGGUUCAGUUUAAGAUGUUGGACAAAUUCCUUUACUUGUCUCCUUUCCUGACACUAUUACUGCGAAUCACGGGUGGGCAAUCAGAGCACUUUGUCUGAGUGAGAGCCGGGAGAUCCUGACAACAUCACACACUCCUGCCCUCAGUCAGCACUGCCCUGGAGAGGAGACAACCGAGGAAGUCGUCAGCUCAAUCUGGGAUGCAGACAGUUUUCAAAGGGGUGAUAAUGCACCGUGCUGCUUUACAACUCAAAGCCACUUGAUAUUUGACACAUUGGUGCCCUUCCCUCUCUUAACCUCACUCGUCCUCACCUACCACCUUAAUAAGGAAGUGAGGGCCAUGAUCAAAUCAUGUCGCACAGUGAAUCAAGUCGCUUGCCAAAUGCUAGACCCAGCUGUGUCAGAGGCUCUCACCUGUGUCCAUAACCGGCCUGUUCUUUCUGUUACUCCACUGCAGCUCUUGGCUGACGUUGCUUGUCAGUGGUGGAGCUGACUCGCCCAGUAGGCUGUGUGUGUGUCGCAUCAUCCUGCCUCUUCUACCACUUGUAACCAGUUACAUUUUUCUGGCUACUAGGCGGACGCCGUGGUUCUACCAAUAGCAGGCUGUUGAUGUUUGGACAUUUAGACCUUUUUCUGUAACUACUCUGCUUCAACAGUGACUUGAUUUAGUUCAGCCAGUUGCCCUGUUUCUUCAUCAUUCUUCAGCCACCAGUAUUAGUUCUAACUUUGUUACCACUGUUUGCAGCAGUGAUAGCCAGGUUUUUGUUCUCCUUCACCUUUUUGUGUGUAUGCAGUUUCUUAGACGGCCCGUUUGCUGACUGCAAUGUCCUUUCCGCCCUUUACCCUGCGCUUAAUACAAAAGCAGCUGCUGUUUUAUGUGCGUGAUUUUUCUCAGUUGCAAUAAGGAUUUUUGCACUUAGCUUUCACCUCUAACCCAUGCAAACAAAUCAGCUCUUCCAUUGUAUCCUAGUUGUAGCGUUGUCCAUCUCUCAGCAGGCCUGUCCGUGGUCUGUCUACACGUUACUUACCGGCUUUUGUCUAGAAAAAGUGAACACUUGACUUGAUAUGUAGUAAAGGAGCCCUCGCACACACCUCUGGCUCCCACAACUCUUGGAAAGUGUUUGCUGAAGCUGUGGCGUUUCUGCGUGUGGGCUCUACUUGUAUCCAGGAACAGUCCUUCUCUGUCCAUCAAAUGAUACAACUUAUUGGAAGAUAAACGGUGCUAUAAAGAAAACAUAAAUCACAAAGGUAGCACUUUUUCAACAGACCCACUAAAUAUGUCAGCGAGUGCACACAAGUCGCUGGAUGACCGGUCUCGAGUGUCGGAUUGGUUGUCAGGAAACUGCCAUUUGUGUGUGCAUGAAGGGUUUGAUUUUUACUUGCGUACAGGAUGAGGUAACUUGGGGCUUAAUUUUUGAAAAGCUUGUUGCCUUCCAUCCUUCUGUAAGCGAAUAGGAAACAUUGAUGUCACACAAGUCAGAAACAUGGGUCUAUUUGGCAGUUGGUAAAGAAUAUGAACCGGUAGUGAUUUUUGGCUUAUUUUAGUGUUAAUAAAAGAAUAUUGGAGUAAAGCUAAGCUUCUUAGUGAGCGUAAUAAACUCAACUGUUGUAAUAUGCUUUCUUGUGGCAUAGGAAGCUAAUCAAGUUUUAGUUAUGAGACCAAUUAAUGUUCUGUGGUGUCCUAUGGUACAGUAAGUUGUCAGAGCUCACUGGGGCGCUAAAUCAAAUUUUUUUAAUUUAUUUUUUUUCCUGUGAUACCCACUGUAGCUGACUCGUGAGGUGUCAGUGUUUCCUUUUCCUCAUUUAAAGCAUGCCAGUUUUCAACUUCUGUUACAUUUUGGUCACAGAUUUCAUUUGUUUUUGCCCAUAGUUUGGUGUCUAUAUUCAUACAUGAGUGCUGGCUGGUCAGUGAAAGGAAAGAACUGGGCUGAGAUUUGUGGAUUCUGUCAAAAUGAAGAGCUUUAUGUUCAGGGGUUUUUGUCUUCAGAAAGUCUCUGACUGUGAAGGAAGGUCAAAUAAUCCACAUUGAGGAUCUUAGUUGCAAAUUUAUCUUUUGCAAAAACAAAAAUAAAAAAGUUCACUACCAGUGAAAGGCUUGGGCACAUUUUCCCAUUCAGUGCAGAUGGAAACGUAUGUUCAGACUUUUGACUGGUACUGCGAGUUCUGUGUAGCUUCAGCUAUAACAGGACUAGUGAACGAUGUAACAUAGGAAGGAUCCCUUGUUCUUGAUUAUGAACUCUGACCUAAGAGUCACAUUUAGAGAUUCUGGGACUUGACUUUGUGUAGUGAGGCGGCGCCGAGGCUGAUAAAGGAUCGGACAAUGGGGUGAAUCCUGGGGCUGACCUGGCAGCCUGUCAUACACUCUCCAUUAAAUUACAGGAAUGCAUUUAGAAUAUUUUAGUCUGUUUCUUUCUUCUGGCACUUUACUGUUUUGUGUCCAACACUCCAUAUUGGUAGCAUUUCUGAUUGAAACCAAAUGAGUAGUUACAAUCCCCCUGUGGUUCUUUGGACAAGAAAAUAAAAUUUAGACUAUCAAAAAGUUUAUCCAGAGGCUCGACUAAAGAGUUGACAAGACCGUGCUGUCUUUGUAAUCCCACUGCAGCGUCGACCUCUGCUGGUUAUGCUGUUGCUCCUCCCCCGCCCCCUGAGCCAAUAACAGACCUUCAUCCACAUAGUUUCAAAAGGCUGACUCAUGCCAUGUGUCUCUAGAGCCAACACUAUUAUCAGCUGUUUCUCGAUACUUAUUUGUUUAAAAAGUAAUAAAUGGCUAAUCUAUAUACUUAACAUUUAAUUGUUGGUAUGAUAUGUGGUUCACAUUGUAAAAGAAAUAAAACAGUUGAGUUGUAAUCA